AUGUCUUUCGCCCGAGCCAACUGCUGGAGCGGCACGCUGACGCCGUUUCUGUACCCGGCCGUGUCUCAGGCCCAAGUCGCCUCGCUUGCUCGUGCAUGCGUGCGCCGCAACCCGUUUCCACAACGAAGAUGCAGCUCGACAGCUGAUGGACAGUCGCAUGCGCAUUCCUCGCGCCUAGACCCCGCCGCCGACGACUACUCGCUCACGCCCUUUGCCGACCGAUGCAUCCUGACGGUGGAGGCUGGUGGCGGCGGCCAUGGCUGCGUGUCCUUUUUGCGCGAAAAGUAUAUUGAAGAAGGGCCUGCAAACGGCGGCGACGGUGGCAGCGGCGGCAACGUGUACAUCCAAGCCGUUCGCGGCGAAACGUCUCUGCACAAGCUCGCCCGCCGGCGGCUGAUCAAGGCCGGUAGGGGGCGCAAUGGGCAGGGCAAGGUCAAGGGCGGCGAGCGGGGAACAGACGUCCUGAUUACCGUGCCAGUAGGGACCAUUGUGCGCGAACUGCAGAGGCAUGACCCUGUUGCCGUCAUGGAGGAAGAGCACUGGAAGGCGGAGCAGCGCGGCGACCAAGACGACCUUGAAGACGGACAUGGCGGCUACCGGAGCGACAGAUGGCUCGUCUAUCCCGGCACGAUUCCCUCGGAGCUGAGCAGGAUCAAGUUUCCCAAGCUCCCGCCGCCGCGACGAUCGCACCUCGCAGCCCUCGAGCCCCAGGCGCCCCUGUGGCUGGACCUGGACAAGCACAUGGAGACGCCCAUGCUGAUAGCGGCCGGGGCCAUGGGCGGCCUGGGCAACCCGCACUUUAUGACGCCCUUUAACUCGCGGCCAAAGAUGGCGACGCGCGGAGACGAGGGCCUGAAGAUUUCGCUGCAGCUCGAGCUCAAGAUGCUCGCCGACCUGGGCCUCGUCGGCCUGCCCAAUGCCGGCAAGAGUACGCUGCUGCGGGCGCUGAGCAACAGCCGGGCGCGCGUGGGCAACUGGGCCUUUACUACGCUCCAGCCAAACGUCGGCACCGUUGUGCUUGACAAUCACAAGGGCCGCCCGCUCGUCACGUCGCGCCGGCCGGAUGGAGAGCUGCGUGAAAACUUUACCGUGGCCGAUGUGCCAGGGCUGAUUGAAGACGCCCAUCUGGACAAAGGGCUUGGCCUCGGCUUCCUGCGCCACAUUGAGCGUGCCGCGGUGCUGGCCUUUGUCGUUGAUCUCGCUGCCGGCGACGCGGUGCAGGCGCUCAAGCUGCUCUGGCGCGAGGUGUCCGAGUACGAGACGCUGCGUGGCAAGGAGCUGAAUGCCGAAACAGAACGCAGAAUGGUCACCUACACGCCUGGCGGCCGCAGUCCUCCGCCCAGCGACGUUGCUGAUCUCCUCGACCCGUCCCCAGAACCGCUGCCGUUUCUCACCUCGACUCCCAUCUCUUCCAAGCCGUGGUUUGUCGUGGCAACAAAGGCCGACUUGCCGGACACACAGCCCAACUUUGAGGCUCUGGGCCACUAUCUCGCUGCCGUAGCCAAGGGCACGCUGCCUCAUCCCAGCAGCCGCAAGCACGCGUGGAAGCGGAAUCCGCAGGUUGUGCCCAUUAGUGCCAUCCGCGGUGAGGUUGGUCAUGGAUUUGUUGGAGUAGAUGGUUCUCCUCUCAUAUUACUGUACUGUAGACAUGUCAAUCCAUAUCGAUCUGACUGCAGCUCGCCACUGAAAGGUCCCGAAGAUGCGGUUCUACGCGUUGGCACGCGUCCAGGUGGGGCCGCAAUGCUCAGCGACGAAGACCCUAGCGGGGAAGUCGCGAUGUUUGCCACCGUCAACCUCACAGUAUUCGCAUUGACGACGCCGAGAACUGGAGUCCAGGAAGUAGCUGUAGAUUCGAAUGGGUACCCACACGCAUUAGCAGAAGCGAGCAGAAGCGCACAGAAGCGCGCCAAGGCACGCGUCGGUCGAUUUGAACAGAGAAGGAAGCCUGCUGAAAAUUUUACUCACUCUAGACACUCACACCCGCCACUACCUUUCCAUACGGCCAUGCAUACCCUCCACCCACUGGACGUCAGCGAGCAAUGGUCUCAGCUGGCGGGUAAGGAAACACCUGUCACCAAGUGA